UCAAACCAAGUAGAAGCCUUUCAGUUGAGCUGUGCAGCCGUUCUGGAUGCCAGGAUGAAACCUGCUCUGCUCUGCAUGCUGGGCUUUUUCUUGCUCAGUUGUCUGCUUCAUGGACGUGCUGAUGCAGAUCAUAUCAAUCAAACAACACAGCCUGUCGACGUCACUGAUCCAGACACCAACAAACCUCCUGCAGAAAUCAAGGCAACUUUGGCUGCAGACGAAACAACCGUACCACCAGGGGGCAGUGUGACAUUAACCUGUUCUGUGGACAAACCUGCUGGUUUAACAUUUGAGCUCUUCAGAGGAUCUUCAUCCACCUAUCAGACCAGAGUUUCUCCUCGAUCAGAUGGAGUUUUCAGCAUCACAGAAGGAGGAAUUUACACCUGCAGAGGAUUUAAAACCAAACAUAACUUUAUGACAACUAUGAGUAAUCAAGUCACCAUUUAUAAGAGAGUUUCCAACAGAGUUUCAGUCACUUCACAACCAAACCGAUCUCUGAUAUACAGAGGAGAGAAAGUCACUCUGAGAUGUGAGAUCCAGGAUGAUGGAGAAACUGAGUGGACAUAUGAAUGGAAAACAACCAAUAGAAACUUUCAAUCAUCCAGUAAAUACAAAAUCAUCACAGCUACUAAGGCUGACAGUGGAGAAUACAGCUGUAAGGGUAGAAGAGGCUACGAGUUUACAGGAUGGAGUGAAGCCAUCAGACUGACAGUGUCAUCUGAUAAACCCAGAGCCACCCUGAAGGCAGAGAAAAGAAUCAUACCAGCAGGGGGCAGUGUUACACUGAACUGCUCUAUUGAAGGAUCUACUGGCUGGAAGUUCAGGUACACAUAUAGACGUUAUUCUGUAGUUGGAUCCUCCAGAAACACAGAACCAGAUGGAACCAUCAGAGUGUCAGACGGAGGAGAGUUCAGCUGCAGAGGAAGAAGAGGAGACUCAUCUUUUCUAUCAGAAACCAGUGAAGAGGUCACCAUUGAGGAAACUGUUUCUAAGCCGACUGUGAUCCUGCAACCAGGCUGGUCUCUGAACGAAGAUAAAGUCUAUCUGGAGUGUGAAAUCCAGAAACGAGCUCAGUGGACGUAUGAAUGGAGAAAAAACAAUUUCAAUUAUAAUCCAACACCCAGGAUCAUCACAGCUGACAGUGGAGAUUAUAGCUGUAAAGGAACAAGUGACUAUUUCUUAACACAGUGGAGUGAUGUCAUCACAUUAACUAUCUCUCCCAAUAAACCCAGUUUGAUUCUGCAAUCCAACUGGUCUCAGAUAUAUGAAGGAGAGAAAGUCACUCUGAGAUGUGAGAUCCAGGGAGGAACUGAGUGGACGUAUGAAUGGAGAUCAACCAAUAGAAACUUUCCAUCAUCCAGUGAAUACAACAUCAUAUCAGCUACUCAUUACUACAGUGGAGAACACAGCUGCAGAGGAAAUAGAGGGUUUUCCUUUACACCAUGGAGUAAUGUUGUUAAAAUAACUGUAGUGUCUCCCCCUCAGCCUGUCCUCUCUGUGUCUCCAUCAUGGCCGAAUCCUGGAGCCUCAGUGACUCUGAGCUGUGAGGGUUUGAAGCUUCAAUCAGCAGGAUGGAGGUUCUUCUGGUAUAAAGAUGUUCCUGAUCCAUCCAGCAACUCCUACAGCAUUGAGCUGCUGCCUGGCAGCACCAAUGGGACUGAGCAGAACUCCUUCAUCAUUAAUGGACCGACUCACACAGGAAAAUUUCUGUGCAGAGCAAAAAGAGAAGAACAAGACACUUAUUACAGUAAACCAAAGUUUGUCUGGUCUGCAGAUCCUCGUCCAGCAGCUUCUCUCUCAGUGAAUCCUGACAGAGUUCAACACUUCAGAUCUGACUCUGUGUCUCUGAGCUGUGAGGGAAACUCUACUGAGUGGAGACUGAUGAGGAUUAUAGAAAGAGAAGGACUGUCAGACUUUACCUGCUCCCACUGGGGGACUGGAUCUACAUGCACCAUUAACAUUUCCUGGAAUAAUGAUGGAGUGUUCUGGUGUGAGUCAAUAUCUGGAGAGUUUAGCAACGCUGUCAACAUCACUGUACAGGAUGAUUAUCGUUAUGGUGUUAUCCUGGUGAGCCCUGUUCAUCCUGUGACUGAAGGAGAUCCUGUUACUCUGAGCUGCAGAUAUAAAAAACAAAAACUUCUCUCCAAUGUGUUUUUCUAUCAUAAUAAUAAACUCAUCAAUAAUGACGGCAGAGAGGAGCUGAAGAUCUCUGCAGUGUCAAAGUCAGAUGAAGGUUUCUACAAAUGUCAACAUUCAGGAAAAGAGUCACCAAGGAGCUGGAUGUCUGUUAGAGUAACUGUAUCCAGUCCUGUCAGUUCUUCAUUUCCUGUCAUGUUGAUCGUUGGACCAGUUGUUGGAAUCGUUCUCAUUAUUCUCAUUAUUCUCCUGAUCUUGUUGUGGCGCUGCAGACGGUCCAAAGAUCUGUGCUGCAUAAGGUCAAAGGGCUCAGAGGUCAGAGGUCAGAGCUCCACCACAAACCAGCCUGAAGGUUGUGAAUAUAAAUCCCUUUCUCAUGGUAAUGAGAUGAUCGGCUCGGCUGAAGCUUCUGGACAUGCAGCAGAUGAAGCCCCAGAGGUUACAUACUCUCUCAUUGAAAUGAAAUCCUUUAGGAAAGACAGGAGACAAGGUGGACCAGAAGAGGGCGCUGUUUACUCUGAGGUGAAAACAGGAGCUGCAGACUCGACUCAAACCUUUGCUGUGAUCGACCAUCAGGAGACAGUCAAGAAAAAAGCUCAGGACAAAGGGAAGUCGGGUCCUGCAGCAGCGGAGGCAGCAGUUUAUUCUGAAAUCAGAUCAGCACCAGCUGUGGAAAACAGUGCUGCCAUGUAGGCUGCAGGCUCUGAGUUUAUCCUGCAGUCUAUUACAAGACUCACAACAACUGCUUUGAUCACACAAUAUUUUUAUCCGUCAUAAGAAAUCUCCUAGAGAAUCUGUAUUGAUCACUCAAAGAAUAAUUCUCUGAGAUCCAAAUCGUCAGAUGUGCUUAAACUUUAGUAAAGGUUUUGCAAUGCAACAUUUUAUAAAGACUCACAAAUCGUUUUUUUUUAACACAACGCAAAUUGUGAAUUGUUUUGUGUUUAUUUUUUUCUAGAAGUAUGUUGCAAUUAAAGUUACUAAAUUUGAUUUGGAACAGUUUGAUUUGGUUUCAUGUGAAGCAACUUUGCUUCACAUUUAACUAUUUAUAUCAAAAACUUGUGACUGUAUUUUUAUCGUCAAGCACGUUGUAAAUUAAGUAGAUUGAUCAUUUGAAUGCAACACAUAAAAUCAAUAUAAGAUGUUAGACAUAAUUGGGCACAAUAGUGAUUAAAAUGAUUUUUACAGUCUCAGGUAAAUAGAUUGUUUUAUUAAUGCUACUUGUAACUGAGCGACAUUUAUUAGAUAUAUAUCUUUGCUCUUUUGUUAUUAUAGUAUUUCAGUUGAAGCUUAAACCUGCACACUUGCUGCUAGAUGGAGUUUUUACACCUUAACAGCUUGACGACAGGAAAGUACUGAACUUUAUGCAAUCUUUGGUAUGUGUAGAAUAUGCAUCUAUAGGCAACUUGCAGCUCACAUUUGUGAAAUAACUCUAACCAAUAAUGUUUAUUGGUUGAGCAGCAGCAGCUGAAUUGAUUCAUUUUCUGUUUCAAAUGAUGAAAUAGAAAUAAGUAAAAUAUGGGAUCUUUUUAUCUAUUCUUGUUGCUUUAAGUUAGUUUGCAGUAGAGUUAUGCUCCUUCACAAUAUCCGGAUUUUUUGUAUAUUUUGGAAUUAGAUAUAUAUAGCAAGCAUGUUGACUUUUAUUAAAAAUAUAUUCAUUCAUAAGUUCUAAAUAUGUCUCUUAGUUUUUAUAUCUGCAUGGACUUCAGCGAUUUCUCUCGGUAGUGAUUUUUGUUUUUGCU